AUGCACUUCUAUGUGGCUAAGCAAGGCUGGAUUCCCACGUUGGUGGCCCUGUUCCCAAGGUAUACCUGUGUAGGUGAUGUGCAGCGUGAGCUUUCUGUCCUGGCACACCGUGUGUCCAUGAUCCAGGCCACCUGUCUGCAUUCAGCAGAGGGGCAGAACGCAGAUGGUGCUUUUGGUGGCAAACAAGGUCUCUUUGCCGUGUUGGCGGCACCCUUCUGCAGGUUUCCCUGUUUAGGUGAUGCUCAGCGACUGCUUUCUGUCCUGGUGCUACGUGCUUGGGAACAGCAGCUGGAUGUUGGCACUGUGGAGCCGUGCUCCAGCACACCAAAGUUUGUUUUUGAACUUCUUGCCCUGAUUUUGUUCUUGGGGCUGAGGGAGCGGGGAGCGGCCGAGGGGAGCGGCCGAGGGGACCGGCGGGGCUGGGGGACCGGGGAGCCGCUGCGGGCCCGGCGGGCUCUGGCGGUGCUGCGGGUGCGGCUGUGCCGAGGGCGAGGCGGGGCCGGGGCCGGCGGGCAGCGCUGGCUGAAGCCGGUCCCGUGCCGGGCGGCGCGCGGGCCGGUGUCGCUUCCCCAGCGCGGGCCGACGGGGCCGGGCGUUGCCUGGCGGCCGGUGGAGCGAGAGCGGCCGGUGCGUCCGUUGUCGGGGAGCGCCAUGGAGGGCCAGCGGCUGCCCGGCGCUGUCAACCCCAGCCACUUCCCGGCCAAGCUCUGGCAGCUGGUGAACAGCCCGCGCUGCGGCUCCGUGCGCUGGGAUGCCCGUGGCGAGGGGCUGCUCAUCGACCAGCGGCUCUUCGAGCGAGAGCUGCUGGGCGCGGAGGCGGCCGGAGACGGGGUGGUGCUGGCCGCCGAGUUCUUUAAGACGAAGAACUUCGGCAGCAUCAUCCGACAGCUGAACCUGUACGGGUUCCACAAGCUGGGGACGGGGUCCGGGCCCCUGCAGGACCCGGCGGGGGGCGAUUGCGGCAGCGCCCCCGGGGCCCUGCUCCACUUCUACAGCCCCCAUUUCCGCCGCGACCGCCCCGAGCUCCUCGUGCGUCUCAAGCGCCGGACGAGCGCCAACAAAGCGAAGCUGGCGGCCGGGCUGGAGCUGCCCAGCCGCCCGGCCCAGCUCUCCCAGUGCUCGCCCUCGAUGCUCGUCGAGGCUGCCAGACCCGGACUGGUGACUUCAGGAGAGGCUCCACAACCUUGUCCAGACAGCUGCUUUCCUUCCUCCAACAGAGCGGCCUCAUGCCAGAACCACCCUGCUUUCCAGGCAACAACUUCCCAGCAGCCUCCGGCCCCUUCCAGACCAUGGCAGGGUUCUGUUGGGUCGCUGCCAGGGCACUGGGCUUCCCCAGCUUUCCCAGGCCAGGGGGCUCCCGUUCCCGUUGUCCUCAAGAGUUGCACCGAGGUCACGUACACUCUCCAGACCGUGUGCUCCCUUCUGCCACCUCAGCAAUGGGCUCCAGCUGGUGCUGCCCCUCCAGAACCCGGCAGCUGCGCGUCUCCAGGGCAGUGCUUACAAGGCCGGGAUCCAGACCCGGUGACAGAAUGUUGCUCACCCCCUGCCCAGGGAGGACCUCUGACUCUCAGCGGCAGUGCUGCAGCUGCGGCGUCCACCGACUGCGUCUUUGUGCAGAGUCCUGAAGUGCAGCCACCUGCAGCUGAAUGCCUGCCCUCUGACGGAGCACAGCACGCAUCUGAGGAUGAGGACAAGUUGCCGGAAUUAAGUUACGAAGAUGUGUUUCAGUUUUUCAGUGAGAUGUAUGCAUCACGCAGCGCUGAUGCGGUGACACUGAAGGCUGCAGAAAGCUGGAAUGGAGAGCUGUUUGAAAGCUGCCACAAUGCGGCCAUAGGAAGCGCAGCUGCUGCUGACACGGCACAAGACUUUGUGACCACCCAGAGAGCCCCUGAUGAACAGCGAGAAGAGCUGGAUCACAACCCAGCUCAACCAUCCAAAAUGUUUGUUCUGGAAGGACUGUUUAGUGCAGAGCAAGAGAAUGGGAGUCUUAAAUGCGGAAAGGUGACAGGAGAGCUGACUUUAGGAACUGAGGUGGAGAACAAAGCUGCAGAAGAGGCAGGGUCUCCUGCAAAGCCUCAGUGCAGGAAGAGAAGACGCAGCUCAGAGCAGGGUGGACAAGGGAAUAAAUUCUAUGCGUCAAUAAAAGCUGAAGAUGUGGGAGUCGUGCCAGAGCCCCGCAUGUCACAGUACACAGCACUGAGAUGCAGGCUGUGGAUAUGUUUGCUGGAGGGUGACAAUACCACAAAGGGAACACUGACUAAUGAGGUGACUGUUGAAAUCGCCACGAGCCGGAAAGCGGAGCCUGGAAGCGGGGCUGCUUCUGGAGGGAGACACCAGAAUGAGGAGCGUGGGAACAGGCGGAGCAGCUGCCGGCUGGUUCCCUCCUGCGAGUCCGGCAGCAGCGCUCGGUACAGAACUGGGGCCCGGGUUCAGGGUCACACCUCUUCUGUUCUGUUUCCUAACUGUGAAGUCAUUGAUAGCUUUAUUCAUCAAUUUAUCUGUUAUUUAUAG